GGCUAAUUUACUUCUAGUAGGUCGCAAAAAUGUUUAAAAGAACAUUGGGUUAUAAAUGCUCAAAACAUUUUGAAGGAAUCAAAACAAGAAGUUAUGCGACAAAUUGCAUUGCAAGACCGAAUCGCUGGAAGAGUGUGAUCGGACUUGAGAUUCAUGCUCAAAUUCAGUCAAAAUCAAAGCUAUUUUCAGGGGCGGAGGCAUCGUUUGGAGCCGCCAGCAAUUCGUGUGUGUCUUUGUUCGAUGCUGCCAUUCCGGGAACGCUGCCCGUUCUGAAUCGGGCUUGCGUAGAGCAAGGUGUGCGGACUGCCCUAGCAUUGGGUUGCACUGUAAGCCCGGUAUCAAUGUUUGAUAGAAAGCACUAUUUCUAUGCUGAUUUACCGGCCGGUUACCAGAUUACGCAACAACGAGCACCACUAGCUAAAACUGGAAGUCUUACGUUUCCGGUUGUAGUACCUGGCCUCAAUCAAAAACCGUACUAUAAAUCAUCUCGAAUACUUCAGCUGCAGUUGGAGCAAGACAGUGGCAAGUCGCUGCACGAUCCUUACGAGAAAAAGAGUCUGGUUGAUCUUAACCGAGCCGGUAUACCGUUGAUGGAGCUGGUUUUUGAACCGGACCUUGAAACUGGUGAAGAAGCUGCCGCUCUUGUUAAGGAACUAAUACUAAUUUUAUCUCGCUUGGGUAGUUGCAGUUGUCGAAUGGAAGAGGGAGCUCUCCGCGUGGAUGCUAACAUUUCCGUGCACCGGGAAAACACUCCGCUAGGAACCCGUACGGAAGUAAAAAAUAUCGGAUCCGUCCGCGCAGUUGCACAGGCAGUCGAGUUCGAAAUUGAGCGGCAAAUUAAAAUCUUAGACAAAGGGGAAAGGAUCUUCAAUGAAACGCGUGCCUGGGAUGCAAUGGGAAAGCGAACAAUCGCCAUGCGAGAUAAAGAGGUAGUGCAGGACUAUCGGUUUAUGCCGGAGCCAAAUUUACCUCCGUUACACGUGAGUGUUACGAGUUCGACAGACGGCAACAGUGUCGACGCCACGCGACUGAUGGCUCAACUUCCAGAACUUCCGGAGGCAACACGAAAAAGACUUGUAGGAAUACAUAAGCUUACAACGGAGACGGCCAUUAUCCUAGUGAAUGAUGUAACGUUAUACACGCAUUUCGAAUUUAUUACAGCAGAGGCUGGUAAGCAGCGUUCUCCGAAAAUGGUAGCCAAAUUUCUGCUUAACGAAUUUUUGGCUGUCUUGAACAAGAAUAAAGUGGAUUUGCAUGAGUGUCGUAUCCCCUCCGGCCAUCUGGCCGAACUAGUUGAUAUGCUGGAUGCCAACCUCAUAAACUUGCAUCUGGCAAGUCUAAUUUUACAGGAAUCGUUGGAUACUAGUCAUCGAGAAACGCCAACGCAAAUUGCACGCCGCAAAGACUGGUUAAUGAUUACCGAUCUCGAUCAAAUUGAGUCGCUUUGCCGAAGGGUUAUCGUACAGAAUCCCAAGAUAGUGGACAAAUACCGUAAGGGCAAAGAAAAAAUGCUCUACGCACUAGCCGGUGAAGUGGCCCGAGCGAUGGAGCAAAAGGUUGAUAUGGCGAAAGCAGUUACGGUGUUGAAAAAAAUGUUAAAGGAAUAA